UUGGCCAGCGACGACAAGAGAAGCGGCCCCGGUCCUCAUCCCCCGAUUCUCUCCCUCUCCCUUUCCCUCGUCCGCCGCCGCCGCCGCCGCCACCGGCGCCCUCCCCGCAGCCGCCGCCACCACCGGCAUACAGGUGUGGCGCCCGGUCCUACCGUCCGCUGCCGGAGACCGUCGCCCUCGCCCGCUGCCGGCCUACCCCUCCACUACAUCGCCUUGGCCCCAACGCCCGACGCCACACGGUUGCCCUCCACUAGAUCGACACCGCCCAUCUCCACUGCUCGCUCCUGCACUGGAUCGACGCCGGCGAUCACUGCUGCUCACCAUGCUCGGAUCUGGUCUCACGGCCCCCUCUACGCACCGAUCCAGUCUCCGCACGAGACCCGGCCCUCUACCCGGCUCGCCGCGGAGGACCUACGCCUCACCGGGGAUGCCACGGGGAGGGCAUUGGAACAGCUCCCAUCCAGGGUCGCCGCUGCCGCCGUGCUGCGUGGGAAGGGCGCGGCUGAGUUCGACGAGGAGGCGCGGACCAAGACAAUCUAUAUCGGGAUUUAUAGCAUAUGCUCUAUGUGUAGCUGAUGAGACUUUGACAGAUGCAAAUUGGUUGGCUUCGGAAAAUGAGAAGAAGGAAAGAAUGAAUAUACUUACUUGCCCUAAGUGCUAUGUUUGGGAGAUAGAACAUGGUUUACGUAUGCCUUUGCCACAAAUAAGUGCUAUGUAUGGGGCUAAUGAUCUGCCAGGGACCAUGCUUAGCGAUCAUAUAGAAGAACAACUCUUUAAACAGCUCAGGGAAGACAGACACGAAUGGGCCAUUCAUGAUGGGAAAAGCUUUGAUGAGGGUAAAGCGAAAAAAAUUGUUUCAGCACAGUCCAUCUGGUUUGACAUUUUGAAGGCACAAAAUUGUUUCUGUCAGAACUGUCAAGUUUCAGUUACUUACAUUCCUCUUUGUUAGAGCCUUAGCAAGAGUAUUUUCAAUGCAAUAAAUACGUAACAAUUUGAAACCAGUACAUGGUUUGAGUGGUGUAUUCUGCAACAGGGGCAUGGUACUUGUAUUUAACUUUCUGGAGGAAAACCUUGUGGUUGUGCAGGUGCCACUUAACCCAAUGGAAAUAAAAAACUUGACAGUGCUUAUCUAGAAGUUAAACCUGGCAAUUCUCCUGUAUUCCUUCUCUUCUCUGUAAGUUUUUAGAUCUUGUGUUCUUUUUAGAAGACUUGUAUUAUCAACAACUUUGUGGUUACGUGACGAACAUGAUGUCAUUUAUAGGCGGAUUUCCUUCUUAUAUGUUAGUUUUGAGAACUUCCUUGUUUCUUCACAGAUUGGUUCUGUUUGAGCUGCAAUUGCAACCUUCUUUGCUUUGUUUCAGUGUUGAACUAUCCACCGAUCAAACAUUGGUGAGAGUUGUUAUAGCAGGCAUGCCACUUUGUUGACAGGGUAACUAACAUAGCAACAUUUAUGUUUGCAUGCUUAGUUGUACCAUGAUCUCUGCCUGAGACUAUGUUUAUGAAAACAAAUUAUGCCAUCUACCAUGAAUCUUAACAAAGAAAAAUGAACAAACCAUGCUAUGCCAAAAGGUUUGUAGUAAAUAUUAUACUACGGGAAUGUGUUCAAAUGAAUAAAUAUGGAAUUUUCGUUUCUUUGAUUGUAUGGUCUGCUUCAUGGUAUUUUUAGGAAUGAAUAGUGCUACUGGCCUGUGAUCAUUUCGUUUCUUUGAUUGUAUGGUUUGCCGUAAUUAUUAAUCCUACGGAUCUGUGUUCCAUUUCUUUCAGGAAUGAAAUUUUCAUUCUGUGUUCAGAUCUUGUGGUGCUAGUGUGAUGGUUUAAAUUGAUGGCUAUUGCAAGGUGGCAAGGUGGUUCUAUUGACAACCAACUUCUUGUGUCUGAAAUUUCUUAGAGGGAUAAUAUUGCUAUAUAUGUGAAAGGCAACCCAUGCAAAAAUUUCACUGGGAAAAACUACAGUCUCCUGACAAAGCUACAAAUGCUUUGUUAACUUGAUCCAUAAACAAGAUAUAGAUCUGCAGCUCACUAGAAUUCAACUUUUUUUGCCUGCUGCUUAUCGUCCAUCACAUCUUUAUGGUUGCAUUUGCAUGUUCAGAAUGGGUUUGACCAUCUCAUGUAUGGCUGUAUGCCGUAUGCGUAUGCUUGGUGUGCCAGUUAAAAGAUGCAAAUGGUAAAUGACAAGACAGAACAUCCUUAUGUUCCUAUGUCUAUAUUAGUUAUUUUAUAUCUUUAAGAUAAUGUACAGACAUGAAAUCACAAGCAUGAUAGUUUAACACAGAUCCAUCUGAACUAAGACUGGGUGUACCCAGGGCUGGGGUGACUGGGUUAGGGUAUAGAUAAAUAUGUUUCAAUCCUUUCCUUGUGCUGAUUUUUCCUUAUCAUCUCACUGUGUUUGUCCAGCUAGGGAAUCACGAGCUUUUUCAUGUCGAACGGAACACAAGCCCUUUUUAAAUACAUGUUACUUCAGGCACUACGUUUCAGAUCAAUGCCGCUUUAUUCAUGUGUUGACUUGCAAGUUUCGAGCCACUUAAUUUACGGGUUGCGAUCGUUGUCACUGUUGUUUAAUACCAAAUAUAUUAUCUGUCUGGCUAUAUUUCUAUUUGUGUUUGUAUCACAGGCCGCAAAGAGUCUUGUAGUUGCAACGGGGCAGCACCUUGAGUUUGUGCUUUGAGGGCACCUACUGCAGAUACACCUUCUGGACCAGGUAUGUAUCAUAUCAGAGACACGGACGGGGUCGAUCGGUCUGUCCCUUUGUGGUCUUCCCUCACCGUGUGGAGCCGAGGAUACGGACGAGGAGGCCAAGUAAUCUGUGGCAUCUUCAUCAUCGUCCUCUCGGUGCGCGGCGCUGGAGAGAUGGACAAUGAGGCCGAGAGCUGGAAGUGCGGCUAUACCUGCAAUGCUUUGUUUGAUGGGGAACUAUCUUUGUAUGCCAGUAUAUGAUGUAGUGGUUUGUAUUGAUGAUUCCAUGCUAAAUUUCUACUCAGUACCAAAUGAAUAAAUUUUCACUGCACUAAGCUGAGUUCAUGUAA